CCUCCUCCUCCACUUGGUGCAGGACCACUACCCCCACCUCCUCCACCCGGAAUGUGCCCCCCUCCUCCUCCCCCGCCUCCAGGUUUUGGCCCUCCACCUCCUCCAGGUCCCUUUCCCUCAGUGAUGAUUCAGGAAGCUGCUCCUGCCAAGCCCGUGAUCGAGCCCCCCAAGCCCAUGAAGCCACUCUACUGGACCCGCAUACAGCUGCACGCUAAAAAAAACACUGGACCACUAGUGUGGGAAAAAAUUGAGGAACCUUCCAUAAAUUAUGAAGAAUUUAUGGAUCUGUUCUCCAAAAAUGCUGUUAAAGAAAAGAAGAAGCCAAUCUCAGACACAAUCAGCAAGUCAAAAGCCAAACAGGUGGUGAAACUGCUGAGUAACAAGCGUUCACAGGCUGUUGGUAUCCUGAUGUCCAGCAUUCAUCUUGAUAUGAAGGAUAUUCAGAAUGCUGUCCUAAAUAUGGACAACACUGUUGUCGAUUUGGAGACUCUGCAAGCCCUUUAUGAAAAUAGAGCUCAAGAUGAUGAGAUAGGAAGCAUUAAAAAGCAUAUGCAAUCGGUCAAAGACAAGGAUAAUGCCAAACCACUUGACAAGCCAGAACAGUUCCUUUACCAGUUAUCGCAAAUCACCAAUUUCACUGAGCGGGUGUUUUGCAUCCUGUUUCAAUCAACCUUCCAUGAGUGCAUCACCUUAAUCGUCCGCAAAAUGGAAAUCCUGCAGAGAGUGUGCAAGACUCUCAAAAGCAGUGAGAGUGUACUGCAGGUGCUUGGCCUCGUGCUGGCUUUUGGCAACUUCAUGAACGGAGGUAAUCGGUCUCGAGGGCAGGCCGAUGGCUUCACCUUGGACAUUCUGCCAAAACUAAAGGAUGUUAAAAGCAGCGAUAACUCCACAAGUCUUUUGUCCUACAUAGUUGCUUACUAUUUAAGGCACUUUGAUGAGGAUGCUGGCAAAGAGACGUGUAUMUACCCUCUGCCUGAGCCCCAGGACCUUUUUCAAGCUUCCCAAAUGAAGUUUGAGGACUUUCAGAAAGAUCUACGCAAGUUGAGGAAAGAUCUAAAUGUAUGUUUAUCUGAAACAGAAAAGGUUUACAAGUUGUCCUCUGAAGAAAACCUGCAACCCUUCAAAGACAAAAUGACUGCAUUUCUAAGUGAAGCAAAAUCAGAGCUUGAAAAGCAGGAGAAGCAGCUGACAGACACACAGCAGAUCUUUUUGGAGUUGAGCGUGUCCUUCUCGGUAAAACCCAAGGCAGGGGAGAAAGAAGUCUCUCCCAACACAUUCUUCUCCGUUUGGCACGAGUUUUCUACAGAUUUCAAAGAGCACUGGAAGAAACAGAAUAAGCUGCUCUUGCAAGAACGAAAGCAAAGCUGGGUAAGAAGAUCUGAAGCAAAAAAAAAUCCUCACCAAGCCACUUGCACAAGCACAAUCCAACAUGGCUCACCUGUAAAAUUUCAAUAUUUUGUUUUCAUUGUUGGCUCGAAAUUGAUAAAAAAUUCAAAUGUGCUUCUUUGUUCCCAGCUGCACAAAGAAAUAUCUUUGUUUUUAAAUGAAACUCUGCAACCAAACAAAUGUUUUCAGAUGAGAGAUUUUAUUCAGGAAAUGUUCACUGAACAUUGAUUUUUUGUAUUUAUUUAUUUUUACUUUAUCAAAAUCAGUUUUACAAGCUUUUAUAUCCGUUUUGUUUAAUUGCAGUUUCUUUAUGUUUUUGGACAAUAAGAUCACAACCUAUUUAUAAUUUCUUUAAGGAUAAGAAACACAAAAUUCAACAUUUUUAUAGAGGAGGUACAGUGCCUUAUGGGACAGCAGUGAUGCAAUAUAAAUGCUGUAGCAAGGGGCUUAUUUUUGAGACGCUGCAGAUGUGCUUUAAUGAUGCAUGUUAAAAUGGUGGUUAGAUUUACUCUUAAAAGUUUCACUGUGUUAAAAUCUUGGUGAUAGUCAAAAUGUUUAACAAAUUGUAUCUUUUUCUAGCAUUCUUUUCAUGCAAAGGUUUCUAUGUUCAUGGUGUGAAACAAGUUCCUUCUGUUAUAUCCAGCAGUAUUUUUGAUCUGUUCAUUUUGAGUGAAAUCUUUUUUACAAGCAAAAUACCUUUCCUCUUGUGUGAAAGUUUGAAUUUCUAUAA